AUGAGCACGAACGAUGAACAUUAUAAAACCGGAGAGGAUUUGAUCGGAAUUCCCAAUGCUGUGCAAGGUUCUAGCUCAAACUCCAGCUCAACAACCUCGGGGAGCAAAGUUGGUGUUAAUCAGUGUCGUCGUUGUGGAAAACAGGCCUUCAGGGACUACGCUCGCGGGACGUUCGCCAAGUUUGUAAAAGAACAAUGGCAUUCAGAGGGCACGUGCGAGCCUCUCUGCGCGCCUAAGUUAGGAUCCAGUCACAAACUGCAACCAGCGAUCUCGAGAAACCAGGCUACAAAUGCCGAAGCUGGAAAAUACCCCCCUGAGUUGUCGCCUUUAACACGCGAGAAACGACCGAGUUGUUCAAAGGCAAGGCCAGAUGCACGCAAGACUAAACGGACCGAGGAUACAUUGGAGCUCGUUGAACUCCAACAGAAAGACUAUGAGAUUGCCUGCGCCAACAGAAGACUAGGG